AUGUCUAACUUCGAGCCCACAUCGAAAAUCUAUUUCUCAUGGACCAGGAAUAUCAGUCUCGGCUCAGAGGGGACAGAAGUUCCUAAAGAUCCGGUCAACCUGAUAGCGACCUCCACCAGAUUUGGCCUGAUCUUCGCCGCGAGCGGAUCAGAGCUCAAGUGCACAUCGAUAUCCGAUGUCCAGAAAGAGCAUUCGAUCGACAAAAUCCUUCCUGACUCCACGGAUCAUGUUUUUCUGAGAGUCCCAGCCGGAGGCGUCAUCAAUGGAGUUUUCCUAUCAGCUGACGAGACAACGGUCGCUGUCUGUACCGAGACCUCCUUCUGCCAUUUGUUCGACACCCGUGCGUUCUUCGACAAGACACCCCGCCCGAUCGGACCUUACUUCUCCGUCAGAUUGACGUCCAGCCCGGCUGUGGUCUUGAAAGAUUUCGCUUUCAAUCCCGUGAUACCCGAUAUGUUCGCCGUGGUAAUGUCCGACGGGAAAGUCACGAACUACGAAGUGGCAAACGGCAAUACACUCAAGAUACAAGGGACCUACGCAGGCGUCAAAUGCUGUUCCUGGUCACCGAAAGGAAAACAGCUCGUCGUUGCCAAAGAAGACGGUAGCUUAGUUCAGCUCAAGCCAAACUUAGUGGAGGCGAAAGUUAUCCCGAAGCCAGCUCUGACGGAUUUGGUAGAUCCGAAACCGAAAGCCAUAUUUUGGGCUUCGAGCGCGGUGUUCGUGGUCGCAUACUGGACCGAUUGUGUUCGCGUAGUCGUAACGAUUCUGAAUAAAAACGCUCCCUCGACCUACAUACCUAUCGACGAACCGCUCCUCCGGAAUCUCGACGAGGAAGACUUUUCGCGCACCUGGUUCUGUCACGUGCCGAAAUGGAAUAUUCUUCUCAUGGUUUGUCGGAACUCUCCCGAUGUGGCUCUCCUCGGACACAAUGAAAACUGCACUCAGUGGGUGCUUUACGACCUCGAGGGUGAACGGGCCGCCCUGCCAAUCAUCGGCAAGGGUGUCAGCACCUAUCCUACCGAGCCGAUGACUAAGGCUUCGGUCUGUCUCAUCUCCGCUGGUCCAAAUGGAAAGCCCCUGGCCCUACUCAAAGCGGACAAGAGGCUCACGGUUCACACGAGUGGAAUCUGCGUGAAUUAUUCGAGCACAAUAAUGGUCGAGAAUAAGAACAAGGGCGCCAAACCGCCGUCACCUCUGGUCCUGCUCUCAAACACGGGUGGAACCCUGACCCCGCACUAUCUCAUAAACGAGUCUGCCACUGAACAAAUAACUUCCGCUCCUGAAGCGCAAUCUACCCACGGUAUGCGGAAGAUGUUGAACCCUCUGUCAGUCACUCCGAAGGUUCCGACGGAGACCCCUCUUGCUGCUCCUCUGAGUAAGUCUAAAGUGAAUCUCAUGAAAGAGUUCGAGAAACACGAAGCUGAGCAGAAGCCACACGUCAGAAAGACGGACACGGGUACGAGUUCGGUCCCGAAAGCGGCGCCCUUCGCUGCGUCCACGUUCUCAUUCACGCCGAGCAAACCGACUGCGAACCCCUUGGCCCACAGCACGCCGGUCCCAACAACUCCUUUCUCCGGCGGGCAGAGCAAGCUCCUCCCCGCACAGGCGAACCCGAGCGCCGGAGCUCAAGCAACGUUCCCGAAAUUCGCGAUGCCGCUCGCAGUCAAGCCCCAAGAGGCUCCGAAAGCAUCUCUGCUUCCUCAAGCUUCGAAUCCUUCUGCUGCUCAACAGACGACAACGUCGAUCGCCGCGCCGACAACGAUCAUCAAGCCGUCACCGGUGAAAGUCCUGCCGAAAUUGGAGCCGGUUCCCCAAACGCCGUAUGAGGAUGAUUCUUUGAGUCAAGAAACUCUAUCGAGAGCGUUUUUCAACGAGCUCAAUUCUCUCACGAAGGAGCUGAGUGAGCUCAGGAUCCGCUCUUCGAAAGUUCUUGCCUGCCCAAUAGGGGAAGACAGGCACCUCACUGAGAUGCGCAACGAAUCUAGAGAACUGCAGAACAAAAUGGACGUUGUUCGCGCGGAUCUGAAGACCAUGAAAACAGAUGUACACGAGGCCCAGAAAGUUUUAAUCGACGCUCUGGCUUGCGGGAGUCAGCUCAGGACGAUUACGGCGGCGAAGGAUUCCCGAAUCAGUCGGAUGGAUCCCAUCACCCAGGCGACCCUGAAGCAGGCCCAGGGUUUGGCGCAUUAUCUCGAAAGACAGCUGAUAAACGCCAAUAACGUUCUCGACGACGCGUACGAGAAAUACAAGAACGAAAAGAACACCACGAAACGUGCUCCUACCAUGGAGAUGCUUUAUAGGACCAUCUUGAGUUGCGAUAAGACGAUCGAAGCGCUCCGAACGGAACUGAGGACGAUGAGGGAAAAAGUCGAGGGCAUCAAACGCAUGCAGAGUCUUCGUGAGCGAAAUAACGAGGACUUGACGUCACUCGCGGAUUCUCUCCUGGCCGUUGGUAUCGAGUCGAAAGAUGCGAGCGUUACGCAGAAAGGUCUCACUAAGGAUCAAUCGUUCGAGAAGAUAAAGAUGCUCAAGGGCUACUUGGCGUCGCGGCCCGUGACCCAGGUCACGCCGACCAAGCUAAGCCCUCAGGGUCAAUCGAUGAUCGUGUCGAAGUUGAGCACGAUACUCGAGCAGUCUCGGAUCGAGAUCGACUCUGGUAAAACGCAAGCGGCGACCAAUCCGAGCAGAAUUCGGUCCGAGUACGGCAUGCCCCGCGAAUCCAUCGGCGGGCUCCUAGGCUUGCGAUCCAACACUGAGCAACCGGCCACGCCCGGCCAACCGUUCUCUACCGUGACUUCUACUCCGUUCGCCAAACCGGGAUACGAGCCCAUAAGUCCGCCGUCGGACAAGGCCGCGAAUCCUUCGGCAACGUCGUUCUUCCAGAACGCGUACAAGCCCGAGCCUGCCCCUACGGCGCUCACGUUCCCGAAAACGACCCCCGAGAAAGCUGCGCAGAAUUUCAAACAGUCCUUCAAAUUCGAUCUCCCAAAAACUCCCGAGCCCCAAGCAGCGAGUCUGUCGAAGCCAAGGGUGUCCUUCAGCUUCGCUGGGUCUUCGUCUUCACCGCAGAGCAGGGAAACAGAAGCCGAGGCCGCGUCGUCGAAACCUGCUGAGACGAAAAAUGCGUCUCCCGGUUCCUUGUUCACCUUCGCGAAUACGGUUCCUAAGCCCGAAACCACGGCCCCGGGAGCGAACUUCAACUUUGCGAUCAAGAAAGAGUCGGCUCCCUCGAAGGACCGCUUCGAGGGAUUCCAAUUCGCUUCGGGGUCGGCGUUGCCGGCAUUCGCUUGGGCCAAAAAAGAUGGAGCUCCAACGAGCCCUUCCAAGGCCGAAGCCGUUCCCAAGACACCGCUGAGUGAGACACCGGUAUCGACGCAAAGCUCCGCGAGUAGUUUCUUCAGCACUUCGUUGGCAACUAACAAGGCCCAACCUGCGGCUGUGAAGGACGCGGCCCACGAUUUCUCUUUCGGCGCCGUCAAGAAGACCGAUCAAGCGACCGCUGUUCCGACGUCCUCGGCUUUCAAACUUGACGGCAAGUUCACAGUCCCCUCCGAUAAGCCUGCUGACGCCGUCUCUGGGGAUGCGACCGGUGCCGGGGAUUCGGAGGUCGAAUACCCAACUGUGCCUUCAGACCCACCAGCGAGUGAGAAGCCUUCCGGGGCGUCUGCGUUCCUACCGAAGAAGCCGGGAGACAAGCUCGCAUCUUCGACGCCGGAGGCACAAGCAGUUCCAGUUGCGGAGGUAUCGAAGCCUUCCGCCACCUUCUCAUGGAGCGGUUUUUCCGCGGGUCUCAACCUCACCAAAUCCACCAUCGGAGUUUCCGGGAGCGCUGGUGCGGGAGCUCUUGGGAUCGCCCAGUCCCCCGACCAGGCACAGUCGAAGUCACAAGAGGAACAAGAAGCCGCCCGAGUCCCUGGGGUCCCCGCGCCUACUCCGGAAUCUUCAGAUGCGGAAGGGUCCUCCGGAUUGACCGCGAUCUCUGAAGAGGCGGCUGGGACGCCUCCCAAAAUUUCUGAACCUGUCGCCGAGAAGCCUGCUGAAUCUGAAGAAUCUCGGGAGGCCCAAGUACCGGAAUCGAAAUCCACUCCUGAGACGGCGGCCGCACCGACGCCGAUCACAACGUCGUUCUUCGCUGCAAAUCGUCCACUAAACCUCGCGGCUCCAACAUCAGCAACCACGACCUCUUCCGAAGGCGGUAGUUCGCUCUUCGGGAAAGCCCCUGGCGCAGGACUGUUCGGCAAACCAGCAACUGGCGGUUUAUUCGGCUCGUCUGGCUCCUCAACCUUCGGUCAAAGUGCUGGCUUCGGAGCAACCCCUGGAACAUCGCUCUUCGGAGGCUCUUCCUCGGCUCCAACGACUUCUUUCUUCGGGGCCGCGUCGACCGUAGCUCCCAACGCGACCACGACAACUACGGCUCCAACGACUUCUUUCUUCGGGACCGCGUCGACCGUAGCUCCCAACGCGACCACGACAACUACGGCUGCAAAACCGUUCGGAGCUCUGGGCUCGCCUCAAGCUGCGACCGAUUCCGCAACUCAGCCGGCGACGAGCACGAGCACUGCGACCACUCCGCUAUUCGGUUCCACCAGUUCUUUUGGUCAGUCGUCCACUCUAUUCGGAUCUCAAAGCUCAGCAUUCGCUCCGACAACGACGUCGGCGUUCGCGUCGACGACAGCUCCAGCCUUCGCGUCGACUACAACAUCGGCCUUAGCGCCUGGAGCCUCCUCGGCAUUCGCUCCGACGACGACGUCGGCGUUCGCUCCAACGACUACUCCGGCGUUCGGGUCGAACUUUGGAUUCGCUGCCACCACCCCGACCACAACACCGGCCUUCGGACAAACGACGACCACGCCGGCUUUCGGACAAACGACGACCACAACACCGGCUUUCGGACAAACGACGACCACACCGGCUUUCGGGCAGACGACGACCACGACACCGGCUUUCGGGGCAGCAGCAGCCUUCGGAGCUCAGCAGAAACCUCAAUCGGAGCUUUUCGGGAAAUCCAUGGCUUCAAACUCUGGAUCGCUGUUCGGCCAGAAGAGUAGUUUCGGCGGGGCUCCCGUCGGACCUUCGCUCUUCGGCGGCAACGCUAGCCCAUCCUCCGGGGGCUUCAUGAGCGGCUUGGGUCAAACUGGAGCUCAGACCGCCAAGAACCCGUUCGGGGCUAGUACUUUCGGACAGAGCUCACAGUCCUCGAACCUUUUCGGAUCUGGGGGAGCGUCGGCCUUCGGAGCUCAACCAUCAUACGGAGCCAAUACCAAUGUGGGUAACAUACCGCCCAAAGAAUCACCGUUCGGCAUGGGCAGCCCCACCAAGCCUACAUUCGGCGGCGCGCCAACUUUCGGAGCGGGUUCUGCGGGAGGCUUCGGAUCUCCGCCAACAUUCGGCUCUGCCCCCGUCUUCGGAUCUACGUCGGGCUUCGGCGCGACCACUCAAGCGAGCGCUUUCGGGACUGCUGCGGACACUCCUACAUUUGGUUCUUUGGCUCAAAAUCAGUCCCCAUUCGGCUCUGCGCCCGCCGCCGGCGCUUUUGGUGCGACCCCCCAAGCUCAGGGUUUCCCUUCGUCCAAUCCUACGAGUGCUGCAUUCACGCAGUACCGAGGCUGAUUUCCUGAUGGGGCCUCCGUCGAGUAGCGACGGACAUGCCUUGUUCUUUUAUAUAAGCUGUUGAAAAGCCUAUCGAGGGCUUGUACUCCGAGUCAAUGCAUUUUAAAAAUUCGAAUAAAUGUUUCCGAUCU